UGCCCUGGAAAAGCUCUGGAGCUUGGAGACGGUGCCGGGGCCUGCCCGUGACUCACUGGACGGAGCCGCCGCCCGCUAUCAUGGCCGAGACCGACCCCAAGACCGUGCAGGAUCUCACCGCCGUGGUACAGACACUGCUUCAACAGAUGCAAGACAAAUUUCAGACCAUGUCUGACCAGAUCAUUGGAAGAAUUGAUGACAUGAGCUGUCGCAUUGAUGACCUGGAGAAAAACAUUGCAGACCUCAUGACACAAGCAGGAGUGGAAGAAUUGGAAGGAGAGAACAAGUUGCCUGCUACUCACAAGAGUUAAAGUUGCCAAGAAUUUAAGAUGAACGCUGGAAUACACUUUUUUACAAAUCCACAGGAUUACAGAACAGUUUUUUGCAACUAGUGGAUGUAAAAGCAUUUUAUAUGGUUAUAGAGCUUGCAUUCCUAAUGUAUAUUGUAUAGCUAGAUUUAGGUUAGUAUAUUUUGAUUUGUAUAGUGUAGUUCCACACUUUUUGAAUUCUUGUUAUAAGGAUCAAUUGUAUUAAACACACAUGUUUGAUGGAUCUUAACUAAACUACUGAAUUUGA